AUGCCGGGAGAUAAAGACCUUACGCAAACUGCCUGCGGAGCCUGUGGAUCGGUGUCCGAGGAAGAUGAAGGUAUGGUAUGUUGCGACAAAUGUAACGGUUGGUACCAUUACCGAUGCGUAGGCGUUACAGAGGAUGUUGAAAAUGAGGCGAAGUGGUACUGUCCAGAGGAAGACUGUCAGAGCCAGAAGAAACUGGACGAAGAUGCGUCCAGGACAGGAGCAAAGAAAAAGAAGAAGAAGACGAUCGACGAUAACGUGAACGAAUCAGGCGUGAAAUCUGAUGCAAGGCCAGGGUUAUCGAUGGAGCGAGAACUGAAAGCUCUUGAAAAGGAACGAAAAAAAAUGGAACAGGAAUUGCUGAACGAAUGCUUUUUGAGGGAAAAGCGGAUGGAGAUAGACCGGAUCCUUCGAGAACAGCGAAUUCAGAUGGAGAAUGAGCUUCGGGCCAAGGAACUAAAGCAGGAGGAACAGUUGCUGCAGAAAGCGUUACGGGAAAAGCAAGAUCAUUUGAACCGUAUGAAGAAGAUGCGUAAAUUCUACUAUCGUAAAAUGGAUCAGGUUGAGCAGGAGCUAAAGCAAUUAAAGGCUAGUGAAAUAGAAGCAUCGGCAGAAAAGGGAACGUCAAAGAUCACGAAGCAGUCGAUCUUGGGAACACCGUUAAAGAAUCCAGAAAUUACUAUCCAGAAGCGGUUGGAGAGACGGAAGAAAGCAGUUUCAGAAGAUGAGAAAGAAAGUGAGGAGAAUUCGGAGGAGUCUGAUAGCGAUUGUGAAAGCGAAGAAGCCACGGAAAAAUCUGAAAGCGAGUCUGAUGGGGAGAAGUCUGCCGGUGAAGAGAAAGUGCAGAAAAGAAAGUCGAAAGCGAAGACAGCGAGCUCAUACGGGCUGGGGCAGGCUAUUGCAACUCCAUCUAAAGUGCAAUUAGCUGCUCGGAGCGGAAUAAGUAAGAAACUGCCUGUAUUCACAGGAAAACCCGAAGAAUGGCCGUUAUUCAUCGGCAGUUACCAAGCUUCUAACGAUGCGUGUGGAUACUCAGACAUUGAAAAUCUCGUUCGAUUACAAGAGUGUCUGAAGGGGUCAGCAUUGGAAAGCGUUAGAGGACAGCUGCUUUUCCCGAAAUCAGUGCCAAAGGUUAUCAACAAACUGCGUCAGUUGUAUGGACGACCGGAACAGCUUUUGCAAUGUCAUCUUGACAAGGUGCGGCGACUGGAAUCUCCCAAAUCGGAUAAACUAGCCACGUAUAUUCCUUUCGGAAACGUGGUGGAGCAACUCUGCGAACACUUGGAAGCAGCGAAUCUAAAACAACACAUGGUAAAUCCUAUUUUAAUCCAGGAUCUAGUCGACAAGCUUCCGGCUCACGAUAAACGCGAAUGGGUUCGUUUUAAAAAUCGGAAAAGAAAGGUUAAUCUUCGUACUUUCACCGAUUUUGUGUCGACGAUCGUUGCAGAAGCCUGUGAAGCCAACGUAAAAAUGGAUUUCAAUGCAGACUCAAAACCUGUGAUUCAGGAGCAUACUGGUAAGGGUAAAAACAAAGAAAAAGCUUACGUUUACAACCAUACUGCCCUAGAAAAGUCUAUCGCUGAAGCAGGUGAGAAUGCCCUGAAACCUUGCAAGGUGUGCAAGCGUACUGAUCAUCGCUUACGAUUCUGCCAAGAUUUUAAGGCAAUGGCUUUAACGGAUAGGUUGGAGCUGGUCGAUAAAUGGAAGCUCUGUGUCGUUUGCCUGAAUGAUCACGGCAAUGCGCCGUGCAAAUUUAAGAUCCGAUGCAAUAUCGAUGAAUGUCAUGAGCGACAUCAUCCUCUUCUACAUCCGGUUGUCGGAUCCGUAGUAAUGAAUGCCCACUUCCGAAGUACCAGUACAAUUCGGUUCCGUAUGCUACCAGUGACGUUGUACUGCGGGAAAAGAUUAGUGAAUACCUUGGCGUUUUUAGACGAAGGGGCGUCUGUUACAUUGAUGGAGCGAGCCUUGGCGGAUCAGCUGGGUGUCCAAGGAACGAAAGAACCAUUAACCAUCAAAUGGACGGCAGACAUCGCGCGCGUAGAGAAGGAAUCACGACGGAUGAACUUACUAAUUGCUGAAAGAGGGAAUGACGAGAAGCAUCAGCUCGGUACAGUUCGAACGGUAGAAGAGCUGCUCUUGCCGAAACAACAGCUGGAUGCAGUGGAUCUCAGCCAACGAAUGAAAAAUCUUCGUGGGCUGCCGAUCGCCACGUAUCAAAAUCAACGCCCAGAUUUACUUAUCGGUCUAAAUAAUCUACAUGUGAUUGCACCGAUCGAAGCAAAGAUCGGCGAGCCAGGUGAGCUGAUAGCGGUUCGAUCGAAGUUAGGAUGGGCAGUAUACGGUCCAAGUCGAAUGCUGCAAGAGAGUACGGAGGCAUAUUUAGGACAUCACAACGUAGUAAGCAAUCAAGACCUCCACGAUUUGCUAAAAAGCCAAUAUGCUUUGGAGGAAUCAGUAACAGUGAAAUUACCAGAGUCGGACGAAGAUAGAAGAGCGCGGGAAAUCCUGGAAUCGACCACCCGACGAGUAGGGGACCGGUUCGAAACGGGACUACUGUGGAAGAAUGAAGAAUGCGAACUCCCGGAUAGUUAUCCAAUGGCCAUUAGAAGGAUGAAGUGUUUAGAACAGCGCCUGCUGAAGGAACCAUCACUAUUCGAGAAUGUCCGUCGUCAAAUCGAGGAGUAUCAGCAAAAGGGAUACGCGCAUCUGGCAACCGUUGACGAACUGGCCAAAACUGAGCCACGUAAAGUUUGGUAUCUUCCGCUCAACGUCGUACUAAAUCCGAAGAAGCCGGAUAAAGUACGCCUUGUGUGGGAUGCAGCAGCAACUGUGAAGGGAGUCUCUCUCAACUCCUUGCUCCUAGCGGGACCCGAUUUGCUCGUGUCUAUUAUUGCUAUUUUUUGUCAAUUUCGUGAACGACCAGUUGCUUUCGGCGGGGACAUACGCGAAAUGUACCAUCAGAUGAUGAUUCGUAAAGCGGAUAGACGAGUACAACGGUUUGUGUUCCGGUCGGACCCAAGCAAUGAACCAUGUGUUUAUGUCAUGGACGUAGCCACUUUCGGGUCAAAAAGCUCCCCGUGCUCUGCUCAAUUUGUGAAGAAUAAGAACGCGAUGGAGUUUGCACCAGAAUAUCCUGAGGCCGCCGCGGCGAUUGUUGAGAAACACUACGUCGACGACUAUUUUGACAGUGUGGACACCAUUGAGACGGCAAUUGAACGGGCGAAACAGGUGAGAUUUAUUCAUUCGAAAGGGGGUUUCGAAAUACGCAACUGGGUGUCUAAUUCGGAGGCGGUUCUCAGUAGUCUUGGGGAACCCAAAGCUGUGCAAUCGAUUCAUUUUAACCGGGACAAAGAAACUGGGAAUGAGCGUGUACUCGGCAUUAUUUGGAACCCAGGGCAAGACGUUUUCUCCUUUUCAACUGAACACCGCGAUGAUCUGAAGGAGUAUUUACAGGGUAGCAAGAAUCCAACAAAGCGAAUUAUAUUGAGCUGCGUCAUGGGGUUUUUCGAUCCACUCGGAUUGCUUUCAUGCUUCACCGUGCAUGGAAAGAUGUUGAUACAGGAUUUGUGGCGGACCGGUUGUGAUUGGGAUCAGGAAGUCGACGAAGCAAGUCGAGUUAAGUGGCAGCAAUGGACUGGGUUAUUUCCGUUGGUUGAACGAAUUCGCAUCCCGCGUCCAUACUUUGGUCGAACGAAGUCCUCGGAAAUAAGCAAACUAGAGCUACACAUCUUUACGGAUGCUAGUAUCUACGCAUAUGGUUGCGUAGCGUAUAUUCGUGCAAUAGUGGGGGACAUGGUCAAAUGCUCAUUGGCGAUGUCUCGAUCAAAGGUAGCUCCCCUUAAGCUGGAAUCUAUUCCUCGAUUGGAAUUAAGAGGGGUCAUUCUGGGAGCAAGAAUGCUUCACACCAUUAAAACUAACCACUCCAUUCCUAUCAACCGUUACGUUUUCUGGACUGAUUCGCAAACAGUGCUAAGCUGGCUGCGGUCAGAUCAACGUAAAUUUAAACAAUUUGUCGCGUUUCGAAUCGGAGAGAUUUUAGAGACAACUAGAUCCUCUGACUGGCGCUGGAUUCGUUCUAGUUUGAACCCUGCUGAUGCAUUGACCAAAUGGGGACGUGGUCCUCCAUUGGAUUCAGAAGGAGAAUGGUUUAAAGGACCACAAUUUCUAUAUCAACCAGAACAUUGCUGGCCGACGGAGAAUCCACCGGAAAUUGAGACUAAAGAAGAGAUAAAGGCGUACUUGCUGCACCACGAAAUGAAGGAGCUUCCACAACCAGUGAUAAACGUGGAAGUGACGUGGCAGUGGCGUAAAUUAUUACGAAUAACGGCUUAUGUCAUCAGAUUCGUUGAAAAUCUACAUCGUAAGCGAAAAGGGCUUCUGAUACACACGACGGUUGCGAAUGAAAAGCAGGAACGGCUUUUAAAAGCGAAGCUCAAAGUGUUGCAGCGACCUUUGCAGCAGGACGAACUCUCGAAAGCAGAAGUAACUUUGUGGAAACAGCCACAGUGGGAGACUUUCCCUGAAGAGGUAAUGGUGUUUUUGGGAAGUAAACCUCAGACUAUACCUCAGAAGGCGGAAAGGAAACCUAUGCAUAUUGGAAAGAGAAGCCCAUUGUAUAAACUUUCUCCCAUCGUAGAUGAGUGUGGCGUAAUUCGAAUGAAUGGUAGAAUGGCAAAAUCUGACGAAAUUCCAUUCGACAUGAAGUUUCCGAUUAUUCUUCCAAAGGGGCACGCGGUGACGCGCCGUUUAAUACAGUAUUUUCAUGAAAAAUUUGGACAUGCGAACCGGGAAACAGUUUUAAACGAGCUUCGCCAAAAGUUCCACAUUCCAAAGAUACGAAUGGCGAUACAGCAAGUGAUGAAGGAGUGUGUGUGGUGCAAGGUUAAUCGCUGUUAUGCUGAAGUUCCAAUGAUGGCACCGCUACCUGUUCAGCGUAUCACUCAACAGCUUAGACCAUUUAGUGCAGUUGGGGUAGAUUAUCUGGGACCCGUGGAAGUAGUCGUUAAUCGUAGAAAAGAGAAGCGGUGGAUCGCACUGUUUACAUGCCUUGCUGUACGCGCUGUGCACUUGGAGGUGGUACAUUCUUUGACAACGCAAUCUUGUCUAAUGGCCAUUCGGAGAUUCAUUUGUAGGCGAGGAGUUCCCGAUGAGAUAUUUUCUGAUAAUGGAACAAAUUUUAAGGGAGCUAGUAAGGAGUUAAUUGCGUGGGUAAAGCGGAUCAACAGUGAAUGUGCGGAAUCGGUCGUUAGCAGCACAAUGAAGUGGAAUUUUAAUCCUCCUGGUACUCCACAUAUGGGCGGCAUUUGGGAGAGGAUGGUCCGAUCCGUAAAAGAGGCGAUGAAGGCACUUGAUGAUGGUAGUCGGCUAAAUGACGAAGUUUUACUGACCACUCUGGCUGAAGCGGAAGACAUGGUAAACAGUCGACCGCUUACAUAUGUACCCGGCGAAUCAGCAGCGUUAACACUGAACCAUUUUCUUAGAGGGAUGGUUAAAUCAGUUGAUGCUCAUGUGGACGGAUCGAUUGAUUUUGCGGAAAGUUUGCGAAACGUAUACAAACGUUCCCAGUAUUUGGCGGAUCAAAUGUGGCGGCGUUGGUACAAAGAAUAUUUACCAACGAUUAACAAGCGUACUAAGUGGUUUGCUGAGAGGAAGUCCUUGAAGAAGGGAGAUCUCGUGUUCGUCGUAGAUGGUCAGAAUCGUAAAAGCUGGAUCAGGGGUAUGGUCGAAGAAGUAGUUGUUGGCUCAGAUGGAAGAGUUCGGCAGGCAGACGUGCGAACUAGCAGUGGAGUGUUCCGGAGAGGGGUAGCUAACCUGGCAGUGCUGGAGGUUCUUGAUAGUAAAUCCGGAACCACCGAUGAAAGGGUACCGGAGUUACGGGCUGGGGGUGUUGGCAUCACUGGGCGUCCAACGUACUCGAGAUAG